UACUGAAGAGUAAAGAGAGGCUGGGAGUUGUGUUUAGAUGUUCAUUGUGCUACCUGUGAUGCUCACUGAUUGCCCUUGUGCGCUCUCAGGUGCAUUAAAGAGUUGUUUUACUGAGUAUGGAACUUGCUCAGCUGCUUUGGUUUGUUAGCAGGCAUGUUUUGCCAUUGCUGUCUCUGCAUAUUAAGAUAUUAGGGGAGUGUCUCUGUACAGUUGAGGUGCUGUUUGAGUAGUCUACAGCAGGUCUUAAUUGUCUAUGUAUGAUAUUUAUAUGCUAUUUUACAUAGGGGUUUAUCUGGCAUCAGUGUGUGUAUGUAGCUAUUAUUAGGAAAAAAGGAAAUUAUGUACUUUAGCAGAUGUUUCCCAUGAACGUGUUUUUGUCAGAGUGUUCUCCAGAGUGGGCCAGUGUGUCAUGCACACUCAUACAUAUGUGCUGGCAUAGCUGCCUGCAGAAAUGAAUUGAUGGCAGAAAGCUGCUCCACCCACCACCACCCUCCUGCUGUUGGUGUAUUUUGAACCAUAUUCUGUCUGACGUGGUAUGCUUGCUCAAUUUUAUUUUUUCUCCCCCUUGAGGGAGAGCCUUUGUUAGAAUAAUGAAGAUGGAGGAGGGUGGUUCUCGCAGUGGCCGUGGAGGGAAAUGAGGCAGUGGCAGUUCAAUCGCUGAAAUUAAGCUCUUGCAUAACAGCACUGACAUUACAGCGUGGCUUUCUCUAUAAUCUCUUCUUUGACCAGCCUUAUGCUGCUGGCCUGGCCACCAGGCAUCCAUAAUCACAUGCAAAUACACCUUGUUGUGGCAAAGUCAGAUGAACUCAGUAUUCUGGGACAAAGAUUUCUCUUCACACUAGUUGUAAGUUUAAUAGAAAUUUACUGUGCCUUCUUGUGCUGUUGGACUUUUAAUAAUUAUUAUUCCAUACUUGCAUGACUUAAAUACUUGUUCUUAAGUAGCAUUUUGGUGAGGGAAGGAGCAUUUGACGAGUAGGCAGACAACUUUAAGGCCUUUGUAUAUGUAACUCUCCUGAGCCGGAGUAAGUGACCUUUAGCAGUGUGAUGGUAUAAGUGAGUGAUGCACCCUCCCAACAAAUAUCUAAAUAUCUGCUGCAGAUUGUAUCAAGUAAGACAAAGAAGUAGCAGUUUAAAGUGCUUCUGUUAAAACAUAAAACUCAGAUAACUAAAUUGCAUUGAUUAUACGUGUUUUUCUUGAUAUCUUUGAGUAGGUCUUAUUUUUAAAGUGUAUUUAUUUGAAUAACUGUUCUGAGUCUCAAAGGACUGAGUAUAGUUGUUUACAUUGGUAGUUUCAAAAUAACGUCACAGAACUGUAUUUUGAGACCUGACAAUAGAGAACAAAACCAAACAUGAAUUUCUUAUCUGACACAAAACCAAUGCAGACCUUUAGUCCCAUUAGCAUUUUGGUUUUCAAAGACAAAAAUAAGUAUUUAUGCAGUGAAAUCUGCAAUACUUUAAAUACUUUGUUUUGUUGACUUUGUUUCCUAUCUAUUGUUUUUGAAAGGCAGUUUAGUUUUUAGUUGACAAGUCAGGUUGUUUGGUUUUUUUUUUUCCAAGUGGGCUAAUCUGAGACUGGAGAGAACUUCCAAAAUGAAACUUAGAUAUUGGUUGAUGAAAAAAUGAAGAUAAAAAUAGAUAAAUAGAAAUGCAAUUACAAGGAAAACUUACUAGCUAAAGAAUAAAAACUAUGUUGUACAAUAUGCAUCAGCAUCUUUACAUGUAUCUCACUGUCUCAUCUUUUGAUGAGUAACAAAAACAACCACCUUUAUGCUGGCCAGGAGCAUCAUUUUACUGACAGAAUGAAUGUUCAUCUCUGAUUCCAUCUAGCAAGGAAGUCCCACUGUUCAUAUGAAAGCCAAAUAUUUCAGAGAAGUUAUCCUCUGUUAAACACUUCCAUCUAGUAUUGCUUGGCAAAGGGAUGCUAGAGUUAAGUGGCCUUCUUUCCCACCAUUUGCUUUUACUUUUCCUGCUUGCUAAGUCUGCUCAUACAAAAUUCAUUAGACCGGUCAGACUCUUGACAUUCCAUCUGUCUCUCUUUUGUGUAAAUUGUAUGCUCUGCCAUGCUGGUCUGGUCUGAGCUAGUCACUGGAUUUGCUAAUUGUAGCACCUCAGUAAUGCACUUGUGAUCCUGUUUAAUCUUAAAAGGUAGUUUCCUGGAUCAUAGUUGUUUUCUGUUUAAAGCUACAUUAAUAACAAGAAUUAACAAACUGGUUAAAUAGUUCUUGCAGCAGGAACAAAUUGUUAGAAAUUCAUGUAAUCUUUUUGAAAAUAUAAUUCCUAGUUCUGUGUAAAUCAUGCGGUAUUUAUUGUCUAGUAUACUGGCGAGCUGAAUGGCUUAAUACUUUACCUGUUGACAAGAAACGGCCCCCCCAACACUCCCCUAUCCCCCCAUCCCACUUUACUGGUUGUUUUGUGGGCUUUUGUUUUACAUCACAUUCUGUAGUUAGUGCACUGGCUUUAUUAAUUCAGUAAUAUCCAUUCAUCUGUUUUCUUAAGGCCUGUAGGAUUAUAACGUAUGCCUUAUGCAUAUUUUAAUUUUCUUGCAUGUGAUUUUGAGGAAGUAAAUCUGUUCUAAACUUAGUUCUUACUCCAUUUGAAUGUUGUCUUGUGUGGUGCAACAAUUUAAUAUUACCUCGGUUCUCUUUAGCUUAGAGUACUUUGGAAUUUCUUCUAAGAGACAGAGCUGUUGAAGAAUGUGUGUAUUUUAUUGAUCCCUUUCAUGCUUGUUCUCUGUGAUUUUUUUUUUUUUUAACUUAAACAUGGUAUCAGUCUGUAAAACAAAGCGCGGUGAAGCAGCAUAGUCUAAAUCCCUUCAGCAGAAGGUAAAGAGGAUGACUAAAACAAAUAUUCUUCUCUGGCAGUGUGGGCAACAGUAUCCCAACUUGCCCUGGAAGAGCCUGGAAGCUGACACAUCUCAAGGAGGAUAGUCUUGUGUUUAAAAUGGAAGUUGACAUAAAUGGAGAGUCCAGAACUGCCCUGUCCACCCUCCCUGUGCCUCUUGCAGAGGUGGGCUCUGCAGGCAGGAUGGAAGCUGAAAAGCCCCGCUGUUCCAGUACCCCCUGCUCGCCCAUGCGGCGGACAGUUGCGGGAUACCAGAUUCUCCACAUGGAUUCUAACUACCUGGUGGGCUUCACAACUGGAGAGGAGCUGCUAAAAUUAGCCCAGAAAUGUACAGGAGCUGAAGAGAACAAAGGAGAAUCUGGGCCGAACUUGCGCUCCAAGCAGCUGGAUCCAGGACUCAUGCGCUCCUCCCGUUUGUACAAAACGAGAAGUAGGUACUACCAGCCAUAUGAGAUCCCAGCAGUAAAUGGGAGGAGGAGGAGGCGGAUGCCCAGCUCAGGGGAUAAAUGCAAUAAAGCUUUACCAUAUGAACCUUACAAGGCACUUCAUGGUCCCCUGCCUCUCUGCCUUUUGAAAGGUAAAAGGGCUCAUUCAAAAUCCCUGGACUACCUCAAUUUAGACAAAAUGAGCAUUAAAGAACCUGCUGACACAGAAGUGCUACAAUACCAGCUCCAACACCUCACCCUUAGAGGGGACCGUAUGUUUGCAAGGAAUAGCACAUGAGCUGUCAUCUUGAACUUAGAAAUGAUUUCUGAUCCUUUCUCUGUUGCUGCAAAAAUCCACUAUUGUACUGUGUACAUGACUGUCCACAUUGUAGGUGGUUGUAUCAGCUAAAUGUUACCAGAAAGUAAUUUAUUUGAAUAGAGUCUUGGCAAUGCAAUGUGUUAAAAAUACUCAGAGGGAGAAAUCUUCUCUGAGCAAGCAGCUUCUGAUGCAAAUUUGACUGCGAUCAGUGGAUAUUUCUUUGGACUCAUUUUAAAAAAAAAAAAAAAAAGCCUUUGAUUUUUGAGUUUGGGGUGGUUUUUUUUUGUACAGCUAGAUCUACUGUUUACGGUAAUCUAACACUGAAAAAUUGGUGAUGUCUGCUUGGUUGUUGCUAAUUUUGGCUUGAUGUUAGAAACUGCCCUUGGAUAAGUACUCAAGUUUAGAAGGUUCUUUGGUUUUACUUUUUGUUUCUGUAUUCAAUAGGAAAAUGAAUGGGUUUUGACAGCAUGGAAAGUGACUGAAUAAAUCACUUUCUAUUUAAACAAUCCAGUUCAAACAAUUUUAUACUGUACUUGUGCUAGUGAUGAGGGUGAGAUUUGCUUAUAAAGCAAACCUUUGCUACUUGAAUCCUAUUAAAUUAUUUUUUCAAUUUCUGCAUGGAAGCAAUUGCUUUGCCUUUCCUAUAAAACAUGUUCAGAAUAAGUAUGUGGGUUUUUUAAAGCAAAUCUUUUGAGGAGUGAAGAUUUUAUUGUUUUUGUUGAUUUUAUUUUUUACAUUGUCUUGAGAGACAAAUUUGAAUGUCUGCACUGGUAUGUCAGUAAUGUUUUUGAGUUUAAUUUAUGAUUUCUGUACCAUGUGUAGUAGCAGAAGGUGUCAAAUAACAUCAGCGUAGAUUUGGAAAUUCUGUUGACUUGAAGCACUGAACACUUGAGAUCUGGAGGGCUGAUUUUAUUUGAAAGGGUACAAGUGAAGUAUAUCUAUAUCUGCAUUGAAGAGAUGAUCCUGGAUUAUUCAACAGAGUAGGUUGAAUACACUGGCUUACCUUUGUUACUUAAUGAAUUUUUAUCCAAACAUGACAUCAAACGCAGGUUUUGACAGCUGUAUUCCUAGGUGUGUUUGAAACAUUUUAAUAACUUAAAGUUUAAAAACAAAAAAUAGUUUUCAUACUUUUUUUUUUAGAUGCAUUCUGUUACUGAAGGAGUGUGCAACUUGAUUUUGGCUGAUGACCUUUGCAGAAGUUAAAAGUAAUGUCAUGCUGGUUUUAAAUGUAAAUUAUUUGAUCAGUUGUUUCUGAUAGAAUUAAGAUUUGUUUUGUUUGUUUGCUUAUCACUCAGAAUGGAUAGAAAGCACUAGUUAGUGCAUGUGCUAUGGAAAAUGAAAAGUUCUAAUUCUGUCACUCACUCCACAGUUUUAAAUGAAGGCAGCCCAGUAGUGAGCAUUUUGUGGUUGGGUUAUCUUUUGUUUAGGUUUGUUAGAAACGUUAUAAAAAAACAGUGUGUAUUUUUGAAAGUUAACUAUACCUGUGUAAACUUAAUGUAUUGAACAAUACAUUGAAAGUAAAGUCUUCCUAUAUAGUCUUUAGUUUGAAAAAGAGAGUAUGGUCAGAUGCCAAAGAGAUGGGGAUUUGUUUAAGGAAUAAACACCACUGGUUAUUGAAACACCCAAUGAAAAUGUAUUUCUGGCUGAAAAAUAAAAAGGGUGGUAUAAACAGC